AACUCCGGUGUAUCCCAGUAUCUCCAAGUUAUCAACAUUGAUCAGCCAGACGGUAUGACAUCUAAAGGAGUGGCAAGACUCAGCAGAUUUUAAAGUGGGGAAACAACUUUUUUAGAAAAUCGGUUUUAAACGGAUUUCUACACGUUGGAAGUUUACACGCAGCAGCGGAUGGCCAUCUCUGUGGUUGAUGUGGGACCUGCUAAUGCGAGAACAACACCAAUCUGAACCUAUGACUGAGUAAUGAACCUAAACCCCUUCUGGAGCAUGUCUGCCAACACAAGUCGCAAGCAGAGAGCUGAAGAGGAGCAGAGUGGUGGGCACACAGACCAGAGAGCCAGCCCAGCCAGGACUCACUUUGGCAAAAAGGUCCUUCCACCCAUUCCUAAGAAUGCAACCCCCAUUACCAAACCUCCAUCGAUGGGCAGUGCAGCCCACUCAGCCAAUGGCACACAUGCCUCCUAUGGCCCGUUUUACCUGGAGUACUCUCUACUGGCAGAGUUCACACUCGUGAUUAAGCAGAAACUCCCUGGAAUUUAUGUCCAGCCAUCCUACAAGUCGGCACUAAUGUGGUUUGGGGUCAUUUUCAUCAGGCAUGGUUUGUAUCAAGAUGGUGUCUUCAAAUUCACUGUGUAUAUUCCAGACAACUAUCCAGACGGGGAGUGUCCUAAAUUGGUAUUCGACAUCCCAGUCUUCCAUCCUCUUGUCGACCCCGUAUCUGGAGAGCUGGAUGUCAGAAGAGCUUUCACCAAAUGGAGACGGAAUCACAACCAUAUCUGGCAAGUCUUGAUGUAUGCACGUACAGUUUUUUACAAGAUCAACACMACGGAGCCACUAAACCCAGAAGCAGCAGUGCUGUAUGAAAAAGAUAUACAGCUGUUCAAAAGCAAAGUGGUGGACAGUGUCAAACUAUGCAACAGUCAUCUUUUUGACCAGCCUAAGAUAGAUGAUCCUUACGCAAUAAGUUUCUCUCCAUGGAACCCAGCASUGCAUGAAGAGGCAAAAGAGAGGAUGUUCACAUACAAGAAACGACCUGAGGAAUAUCACAGAGGAACACAGGUGUCAGGGUUAUCUUGGGUAAAGCCUGGUUCAACCCAACCUUUCAGCAAAGAAGAUGGUCCUCCUCAGAGCUGAAACUGCACUGCGUGCCCUGGCCACUAGAUGGAGACAAACGUCAACUGCUACACCGUUGGCUUUCUUCAGCUGCUUGUGUAGUGGACUCUUGAAAUGGUUGGGAGAACUUAAUUUUUAUCUCCACUUUACUGCUCAGCUUUAAAAGCUCUUUAGUAGGCUGCUCUUGACACAGCUGUAGAACAAGGAAGAAUAGUUUUGUAUCACGUGUAAAUUGCAAAUGACAAAUGGAUGUCCAAGCUACGUCAUUCAGGCUGUGAUGCAAUCAAAGUGCAUUGUCUGUCAUUCAUUUUCUGCUCCAUGCACAUUUAGUUAGACAGGGAUAUAAAGUCCCAAACGGGGGUCAGAUGUAUGAACAAAGCACUUUGUAUACAUAUGGUAAGUACAGUAGAUGGCUUAAUUAAAAAAAACCACUUAUAAAAUUGGCUUAGGACUGUAUUUGUUGGGCUUUUAUUCUUUUUAAUACAGCAGAGUGACUGAAACUAAUUCAGACUUUUUUUCCCCCCCAAUAUCCACUAAGGUAGUGUU